AUGACCAUGUCGUCUUUUUUGCUUCUGAUACUAUUUCUAGCCAAUUUAUCGAUUUCAAGUUUUGCACAAAAAAUCGAGAAUUGUCCAGAUUUAGAUGUUUUGGAAAAUCAAGCAGAAAUGACAGAAGAGGAAUUGAACAAACUUAUUUUGUGCUUUUGUAAGGUUUGUGUUUUUUUCCGUUUUGAAACGAGUUUUGGAAAUAUUCUGAAACUACAUGGUGAAAUUCUUUCGCCAUUAUUUUUAUUAGAAAGGUGUGUUUAGAACGCAUUAUCAUAAAAUAUUAUAAAAAUAGGAUUGUAGAAGGUUUCGGUCACUUUUCCCACGAUUUAUGUCACAUUUACGCGAUGACAAAUCGUGUUGUAUUAUUACGACAUUCGAAAUAAAAAAUGAACUUCUCACUAUAUUAUAGAUAAAUCUAGAAAGAUGUAACAAUUAACCAAUCUGGAAAAAUGACUGUUUCAAGUGGAAAAAAAACGAAGACUUUGCAAUAUGAUUAGGGUUUUUCACAGAAAUCAACACUUUUAUUUUCAGCAAACAUCAAAAGAAAAAGUGACAAUUUCAUGUCUUUAUGGAUCUAAUAUUGAUCAUUUAAUGAAAGCAACUGAUGCAGUUAAAAAUGCCAGUCUUAUCACAUCUCAGGUAAAAAACUAUUUGGAUCAAUAUACACUUCAAAAUGUUAAUUACAGAUAAGUAUUCAACAUAUGGAAUUUGGUGAAACUGGACUUCCGGAGUUUUCCAAAUUAGCACCAUCUCUUGAAUCACUCGAAAUCCGAGAAUGUACAAGUCAAGACGAAAUCGCGAUUGGCGAAAAAAAGUUUCGCAGGUCUUGAGCAAACGUUGAGAAAUUUGACAAUUCAUUCUUGCAAUGUUCUGGUAACUAAUUUAAAUUUCAAGAAUUAAUAUUCAAAUUUGAUUUUCCAGGAAAUUCCAAAAUCGAUAAACAGUCUCGAAAACUUGGAAACUCUUACAUUUUCAUCAAAUAAAUUGGAAUCACUUAAAGUUGAACAAUUCAAAAAUAAGAAACAGGUAAUUGAGAUAAACAUCAUUUCCAAAAAAAAGUAAGAAGAACCACACCCAGUUUUUGUACUUUUUUCGGAAAAAUGUUAAUAUUCUACUUACAAACGCGUUUCUUUUGAAUCUUUUUUGCUUCUUCUCGACUAAUCCCAUUCCUAGUUAUUUUCUAACAACGAAAAAAUGUGCGUAUAUUGUGGGCAACCUUUUACACCAGCUAGCCGACAAAAAAAAAGAGAAAUACUACUUGAAAAUAGGAGUGGCGUCAUAAGGGAGGCAAAAAAAACAGAGAGAAUCAAGUUUUGUUUGGUUCAGCAAUUAAGUAUGACGACUAAUACAUGAAACUUGUUCGGGAAAAAAAAGAAGAUGCGCAUAUUAUUUACAAAUAACAGGGAAUUAUUUUUGAGAACAAAAUGAGUCAUAUUUUCAGCUUGGAUAUCUUGAUGUCUCUGGCAAUUUUAUAACUAAAAUCGAAAAUGAUGCAUUUGCUCCUUUAACUUCUCUGGAAACACUUGUUAUUGGCGAACAUAAUUUCAUCAAUGAUUCAGUUGUAACAGAAAUUGGAAAAUUAAAAGCUCUCAAAACUUUGGAUCUUUCUCGAGCUGAUGGAGUAUUUGAACCACCAAUGAAAUUAUUUGAAGAUAUUCCACAAAUUGAAACUCUCAAAUUAUCUGGUUGUUCGAUUGCAGCUCUUGAACCAGGACAAUUUGCUGUUUUGAAAAAAUUGAAAGAACUUGAUCUUCGAGUUAAUCUUAUUGAGAAUAUAACUGCUUAUUCGUUUGAUGGUUUGGAAAAUUUGAAAAGACUUUCGAUUGCUGGAAACUUUAUUUCGUAAGUUUUUUUUUGAAAAGUGGUAGACCAAAAUAUGAGAAAAAAUAAUUUCAGAAAACUGGAGCCAGAUGUAUUUUUCGGUCUUUCAAGUCUCGAAGAAUUAGAUAUUGGAUGGAAUGAAAUAAAAGAUAUCGAUCCAGAAGUAUUCAAACCACUUAUUGAAAAACUAACAACAUUGAGUCUUCGAAAUAAUCCACUAACUGUUUUGCCUUCAACCGGUCUUACAAAUAUCGAAAAAUUAUCAUUAUCUGAAUGUCGUUUCACAGAUAUCAAUAGCAUCAAUUUGAGCAAUUAUUCAAAAUUGAAUGAAUUGGAUAUUUCAAAAUGUAAUAUCACAAAAAUUGAGGAAGACUCAUUUUCCGCUCAAAAAUCAACACUCAAAAAAUUGCAACUUCAAAAAAACAAACUGAAAUCUCUGCCAAAUGUGAGUUUUGGAUUCAGGAAAAAGAUACAAAUAUUUUUUUCAGUUAGUUAAAAAUCUGCCAUCUAUCGAAUUAUUGGAUGUAAGUUCGAAUCCAUUCAUUUGCGACGCAGAAAUUGCUCAUUGUGAGUCGACCAUUUUUUUAAAAAUCAAAUUCAAUAUUUUUUCCUAGUUGUCUUUGGCGUCGAAGAUAGAGUUAAACAAGAGGAAGAAAAUCCAACAAAUUUCAAAAUUCUGAAUGCAAACGAAACACUUUGUGAUCGACCAUAUACUUUGAGAAAUGAACAAGUUCUUCAAGUCGAAACCGAAAAACUUCAACCUUAUGAUGAAAAAUCUGAUACAACAACGCAACCUCCAACAACAACAACUCAAUUAAUCGAAACAACAUCCACCGAAUUCAAAAUUGUUAGUUUUUUUUUAUUCAAUUAUAUAGAAGGGAGCUUCAAUUCAAUAUCUUUCAGCCCGAUAUUUUCGUUGGCAGCAAAACAAAUGAUACACUUUUCAAAGAAGAACCAAGAAGAGAUGUUUAUGAUUUAUCAAAAGCUGACGAUGCAAAAGGAGUUUUUAAUCAAAAAGGUGACUCAUCUUAUCAAAUCAAGAAAAAGGAUUGAUUGAUUUUUAUAGGAACUUAUGCUGUUGAAAUUACAAUUGGGGCAAUUGCAAUUGUAUCAAUUAUUGUGGUUGUUGCAAUCAUUUUAUUCAUGAAAGUAAGCUAAAUUUUUGAGGAUGAAAAUUCUAAUCUCAAUUUUGUGAUUUUCAGAACAAAAAUGGAAAAAUAUCGGCCGAUUCUUCUUCAACUAAAAAGUCUCCGGAAAAACUGGAAGAUGGAAUGGUGGAAAUCGAGUUAGACUCAAAUCCAUCGAAUCGACGUUAA